AGGAAAAAUUUAGGGUGAUUAAAAAGCUGUAAAUAAUAAAAUAUUUUUACAUGGGAUCUUCUCCGCUGCGCCGUCCCUAGUGCCGAUGCUCUCCAGAGCUUCACGGAGAUUCAUCAAGCGCUCCUCCUUCGGAACCGUUGCUCAUUGCUCCGACCACGUCGAUCUCCCGACAAGGCAUCGGAGGUCCGAGCGGAAGCCUCUGGUGACUGGCAUCAACGAGCUCAAGCACCGCGCCAGGCUACAGAGGAAGACGAGGCAGGAUGUGCGUGAGAUCCCCCUUCGCGCACCUGAAAAUGGCCUCUUGGUUAAAUCUCUGAUAUCUGUUGCUCAUUCUGUUCUUUCCGCUCGAUCAAAGGUCUUAUCUUGCGUUUCUAAGAUCGUUGGCAUCAUUCCCUGUUCAUGUUUGCAGAUUGUGUGGAGAGGUUCAUGUGGGGGAGUUUCCCCAUCGGAUUCGAAGCUGUGAGGUGGCCGGAAGUCAUAGUUGGGGGAGAGGAGGAAUUGAGCAUGUCCUUCCUCUUGUGGAAUCCUUUCAUCUCUAUGAUCGAGUGGGCAGGGCUGUGUCGCAUGAGGAGCGGCUUCUUGUUGAUAGGAUCCCCGCCAUUGUUGAGCUUUGUGUGCAAGCUGGUGUUGAUGUUCCUGAAUAUCCAACAAAGAGACGUGUUAUUCCGGUCUAUAACAUUGCUGGAAAAAUGAUAGAUUUUGAGAAGAAGUUUCCAAGAGAUUACUCCAGUGGUAAGGACAUUGAACCAUUUGGAUUUUGGAAAAGAAACAAGAAGGAUGGGCAUAGCAUUCUGCAGCCAUUUCCAAUUGAUGCUGAUCUCAAAGAUAUAGCAGAACAAGGCAUGGAAGCAUGGGAAACAAUGAGAUCAGGUGCUAUAAAGCUCAUGAAGAAAUACGCUGUACAGACAUGCGGGUACUGCCCGGAGGUCCAAGUCGGCCCCAAGGGGUCACCGGGCAAGGAUUUGUCAGGCAUUCAAGCACCAGAUGAGGGAUGGCCAACAUGCAUGGCAGGAAGCUACCAUAGACAAUCUUGUGCCACCAGUAUAUGUAUGGCACAUUCCUGAAAGCAGUCACCAACUUAUCAAUGAACUUAAGAAGUACUAUGGCAAGUUGCCUGCAGCCGUUGAGCUGUUUUCUCAGGCCGGAGCUGCUGUCGGCGCGAACUACGCUGAGGUGAUGAGGGGAGAUGUUACAGUCCCGGAUUUGAGUGAAGAGAAAUGGGUUGUGUGAUUUACUAUUUACAUGUAAACAUCCGAGACAUGUAAUUGUUAGAUGUAAACCAAACAUAUAUAAUUUAAUUUUUGUUAUUCAUAAACUCUUUGAUGUCA